AUGCCGAUGACAGACGACACAGACGACAGCGGAGGGGUCAUCCUGGAUGGCCCCUUCGAUCCAGAUGCCCAGGCUACAGUCACCGACUUCAUUGACUAUACAGAAUACCUCCCCGCAGACCUAAUCCGCUCCUUGACCCUCAUCCGUGACCUCGACGAUCGAUACCUCGACUCCGCGCAAGCUGUCCACCAGCUGACACGGGUCUACGGCCAGCUCCCAAGCCUUCCCUCGGAGAGCCGACCGGGCGCAAUUGCAUUGCGCAAAGACAUCUCCGCUCAGGUGGAUCGCGCCAUCAACGCGCGUGAGUCGGCAUACGCCGAGGCCUGUCGCCUCUACGAUGUCGUCGAUCGCCACUUCGACCGGCUGGGCUGCAUUCGUCAAAAGCUCGAGGCACUGCCGAAGCCUGCCUCGGCGGAGCCAACACCCCCGCCAGGACCUACACAGAAGCGUGCGCGUGGAGGCAGAAAGAGCAACAAGGAUGUCCCGACGCGUAUCACUCUUCGGUUGGACAAUCGCAACAAGCGAGAUAGUACUAGGAGCCGCAUACCAGCAGUCGACGGAGCUUUUGACCCAGACUCCCCGCUUGCGAGUACCGAGCAAUCGGACUUGGAGGGCGAACUUACCAGAUCCAUCCCCAAGCCGGCUCGUCCUCCAAAGAAGGAAAAGGCGCGUCGCCUCAGCUCUGGGAUCGGGCCAUCGACCGCCCAAGCUCUUGCUCAGUUGAAACCGCCACCGGCAGAUGCGAAACUGGGCAGCGAGGAUCUGCCGUGGCUGCGCUUGACGGAAUGGGAGAUGACCCGGUUGCGAAAGAAGAUGAAGAAGAAUGCCGUGUGGCAACCCAGCGAGGUUAUGAUUCACCGCGAACUGGCCCUGGCAAAUCGUGGAUGGGAAGCAUAUCGUGCAGCGAAGGCUCUGGCAGAAGAGACUGGUGCGGAGUUUGUUGAUUGUGAUAACAUUGAGGAAACCCGGCGCGGGGAGAUUGCGAAAGAUCUAGAGGAGACAAAGCUCAGCAAUCGUGGAAUGAAACUGAACGAAGCAAAGAAGUUGAAACGCGAGCAGUUGGCGCGUGAACAAGCAUUGAUGGAAGGCGAAGGCAUCUCCACCAACGCUUUGCCAAGUCCAGCCCAACCCACUCCAGCCGCGAACCGGUCAUCACGAAAAAGGAAACUCGAAGAAGUUACUCUAGAAGAUAAAGGACUCCAUGUUCUCGAGACGGCAAAAGCUGCGCCGACUGCAGCUCCAGUUGCACCUUCCGCCCCUGCCCCUGCGAGGGCUGAUGCUUCUCGGCGCAGAUCUGGUCGCGGUGCUCAGGUCACGGAAUCCACCGACGAUCUCAUUGCCCCAAUCAAGACCCGCACGUCCCCUACCACUGAAGCCAGACUCUCCCCUCCUCAGCCCAGCCCAUCCGGUUCCCGACGAUCCAACCGCUCCUUAGUCCAUACCGUCACUACGCCCACUCCGCCGGUCACUCGGCCUUCAUCGCGACGGUCUGCAGCUGCCGCAUCAAUAGAAGGAAUCACCGGCGCCCUCCCAAUAAUAGCAGCAAGUGGUCGUGAUCGUCGCAUCAAAAGCGCGACACCCGCUCACAAUGCCCCUGUCCGCGAAGCGUCCAAUGCGCCAAGUGUCCCCGGCCCGGCCAGGCGGCGCAAACGUCCCGCACCAGGUCCCAUCUCCAAUGGUCAAGAUGGAGGCGCGGCCGUAAGUUACGGACGCCGCAAAGCCAAGCCAGGAAAGAAGCGUCUCAGUAUCCGGGAUUCCCAGGAUGUUCGUGUCGACGAAGAUGGCGUCCUGGAGCAGAUCGAUGCCAACGAGCCUCGAUACUGUCUUUGUGGCGACGUUAGUUUUGGAACAAUGAUCUGCUGCGAAAAUCAAGAUUGUGACCGUGAAUGGUUCCACCUCGCCUGCGUGGGCUUGGAAGAAGUGCCCUCCCGCACAGCUAAGUGGUACUGCCCUGAGUGCCGUGUCAAGCUGCACAAGGGCGAAGACGGUAUCAUCAAGGGUAGUUCGCGGCGUUAG